GAGUCAUUUCCAGGAAGGGAAACUCCCAGUGGCUGAAAACUGAAAAAGCGAAACUUAACUGGGUCUUCAGCGCGAGGGAGCCAUGGCUGCUGCAGGGGGUCACAUCCAGCGUCUCCGUGAUGAAGCCACUUGCUCCAUCUGCCUGGAUUACUUCAAGGAUCCAGUGACCAUCCCAGAGUGUGGGCACAACUUCUGCCGAUCCUGCUUGGUCCUGUUCUGGGGGGAAUCGGAGGCAGAGGCUUCCUGCCCUCAGUGCAGAGAAAGAGUCCAGAGAAGGAGCCUCGUCUCCAACCGGCAACUGGCUAAUGUGGCGGAAAUAGUGAAGAAUCUCAGCCUUCAAGAGGGAAAGGAGGAAGGAGGGAAAGGAGGAGUCUGUGAGAAGCACCAGGAGCCCCUCAAGCUCUUCUGCAAAGUCCACGAAACCCCCAUCUGCGUGGUGUGCGACAAAUCAAAGGAACAUGAAAAUCACAAGGUGAUUCCUCUGGAGGAGGCUUCCGAGGAAUACAAGGGAGAGAUCUGUCACCGCCUGGAGAUUCUGAGGAAAGAGAGAGAGGAAAUUCUGGCCCAUCAAGCAGAUCUGGACAAGGAAAGCAAAGACCUCCUUGAAUCUACCCAGACCCGACAGAUAGCUGAAGGAGCUAAGGAAAAAGCAGUGGCAGUAGAGGAGAAGCUACCACCCAUUCAAAGGCAACUGGAUGGUCAUAGGUCGACGUUGUCUAUGAUCGAAUUGAAGGAGAAACAAACGAACCUAAGGAUCAGAGCCGUACCUGAAGCUGAGAAAGAUAACUUGGUUGAUUUUCUUAUGCAGGAAAUUGCAGACUUUUGGAAAUCAGAUUUGGAAAAGGGAGAAAUCAAGAUAGUGAGGGCCUUUAGGCUUGGAGGAGGGGGGAAGAAGAACAGGGUGAGAGACUGUUUGAUUACCCUCCGGACAAAAGAGGAGAGAGACAAAAUCUUGAGUCUGCACUUCCAGAAGACUUUGGUAAUACAUCAGUCAAGAGUGGAGAUAUUCAAAGACAUCCCGAAAUACCUUUUGGACCUUAGAUCUGACUACAGAGAUUUGGUUGGUCUGCUGAGAAGCAAUAGAAUUGUUUUUAGGUGGGAAUUCCCCCAAGGCCUAUCUUUUAGCUUCAAAGGAAGAAAUACAAAAAUAAGAUCAGUGGACGACAAGGAAAGAUUUUUGAGGGACCACGAGGAAGAUUUACAGAAAGGAUCUGGAGAAGAGCCAGGAGUACUGGAAAGAGGAAUACUAGACAAAGCAAUACUGCCUCUCGGAUUGGACGAUCUAGGAAAAGUGACACCACCGACAGAACAAGAACAAGCACUCGGCGCGGUUGGAGGAAAAGCAAAGUAACUACACCAUGGCCCUGCAACUAUUAAGUUGGAAUACCAAUGGUCUUAACUCCUCCCAUAAGAGGAAAAAAAUCUUUCAUAUAUUAAAAAAGGAACAUUUGGACUUGAUCUGUUUACAGGAAACACAUGUGAUAAGACUACACAGGAAAGUAUUGAUAAAUAAAAGAUUGGGGCAAGAAUUUAUUUCAUCGGACAAAGUCAAAAAAGAGGAGUAGUGAUUUACGCUAAGGAGAGCUUAUCACCGAAAUUUAUUUUUAAAGAUGAUCAAGGAAGAUGGGUUGCAAUUGAAAUUCAAACACAAGGAGAGAAAUUUUUGAUAGUAGGAGUUUAUGCACCAAAUGAGGGAAAAUCAGAAUUCUUUAAAAAACUGCACAAGACUUUGAUGGACUAUAUGGAUUAUAAUGUGAUCUUGAUGGGGGAUAUGAACGGAGUGGUGUCUACAAAUAUGGACAAGGCACAAAGACAGGUAGUUUUUAAGGAUGGUAGACUACCAAAAACCUUUUUUGAAAUGACUGA